CAUUGGCUUUUUGGAUUCAGAGAUGGCACUUUAUUGCUCCUGAUUGGCUCGCCAGAGCCACCCAGUGUUUGAAGGGCAUGCAGUUUGUCGGCUAAUACAUAACGAGGACGUAUGCGACUUUAGGUUGUUUCUCUUCCCCCACUCUUUCUGUCUCAGGUCUGGAUGCUGCAGGCUGUGUCCAGGCUGAGUAGAGCAGCGGUGCGUGUGAGGCGAGUGGCCGCCCAGGUCCAGGUCACCACUGUAACCAUGGCCCAGAAUCACCAGAGCUGCGGUACCUCCUGUCAACAGAAUGGGGGUGCUGUCACAGCAGCCAUCCUCAUCAUUGGGGACGAGAUACUCAAGGGUCACACGGUGGACACUAACAGCGCCUUCCUGUUGCGAGCUCUGAGGAAGCUGGGAGUGUGUGUCCAGCGUGUCACAGUAAUCCCAGACCAGCAGGAGGUAAUCUCUAAGGAAGUAGCCCUCCUGGCCCCACAGUACACACACCUGCUCACCUCUGGGGGAAUAGGCCCCACCCACGACGACGUCACCUUCGAGGGUGUUGCCAUGGCAUUCGAGGAGGAACUGCAUGCCCACCCGGAGCUGACCCGUUUGGUGGAGGAGUUCUUUGGGGUGGUGGAUAGGGAGAAUGCAGCCAUGAAGCUAGCCAUGGUUCCCCGCUCGGCCAAGCUCAACUACGGCACUGACCCUCAGACUGGACAGCCACUACGCUACCCACUGGUGAGUGUGCGUAACGUCUACAUCUUCCCUGGGAUCCCGUCUCUGUUGGAGAGAGCCUUCAACGGUCUGGAGCACCUGUUCGCUGGCUCAGGGACCACCUUCCACACACGAGAGGUGUUUGUGGAUGCAGACGAGGCGUUGAUCGCCCCGGUGCUGACCCGCCUGCAGGCGGGCUGGGGGAAGAAGGUGGCUCUGGGCUCCUACCCUGACUGGCUCAGUAACUACCACCGGGUCAGGCUGGUGCUGGAUUCAGACAUCUCUGAGGAGGUGGAGAAGGCCCGGGCUCAGCUGCUGGAGGAGAUGCCCAAAGGCAGUGUGGUUCCCCUGGUCACGGACCCUGUGUCCAUUGCUACUGAGGAGGUCUACACACUGGCCAACAGCGGCACGCCGCUGGGUGAUAAAGUGGCAAACGCUCUGAAGACCAUAGAGACUGCUCUGGAUCAGUAUUCGGCAGGGGAGAUCUGUGUGGGCUUCAAUGGAGGCAAAGACUGCACUGCUCUACUACAUCUAUAUUACGCUGCACUGAAACGGCGGUAUCCGGAGGGUAAGGACAAGGUAAAGGCUCUGUACAUUCGCAUCGUCUCUCCCUUCCCAGAGAUGGAGAGAUUCCUCCAGGACACAAUAAAGAGGUAUGACCUGGAGAUUUUCUCAGUGGAGGGCAGUAUUCGGCAGGCAUUGAGUGAGGUACAGGAGAGGAGGCCGGAGCUGAGAGCUGUGUGUAUGGGCACCAGGAGGAGUGACCCCUACUCACACACACUCACACCCAUGUGUCUCACUGACCCUGGAUGGCCGGACUACAUGAGGGUCAACCCCCUGCUGGACUGGACGUAUCAUGAUAUCUGGUCAUUCCUGAGGACUCUAUAUGUGCCCUACUGUAUUCUAUAUGAUAAAGGGUACACCUCAUUGGGCAGCAUGGACAACACCUGCCGAAACCCUGCCCUCCAGGUGGUGGAUGGGAGGGGCGUGAGCCGCUAUAGACCUGCCCACCACUUGGAGAAUGAGGAAAUGGAGCGCGACUCACGUGAAUGAUGUCACUUCCUUGUUUGUAACGUCAUGUCCUGAUCUUUUAUCUGCCAUUCCUGAUUGGUGCUCCAGGUAAGAGAUGCUUGUAGGGACAGACCUAGGAUCAGCAUCUCCUCCUCAAAUCCCAACCUUAACCAUUAGACAAAACUGAACAUACAGGCAACUUCUGAAGAGAGGAGGGGAGGAAGGACGUGGAGAGUGAAAGAAAGAGGGAACAGAUGGAGGAAAGUGGAACAGACAAAGAACCAGAGACUGAUCGCAGAAUGAGGCAAUUUUGAAGGAAAAGUGUGUGUUUCUGAAUGGAAAACAUGUGCCUGAGUGUAUGUCUGAGUGGCUUAGAAUCUAAAGAUAUGGAUUUACAUGGUUUGUAAUAAAAUAUCAAUCUGUCACAAGUUUA